AUGGGUCAAGCGAGUUCAUCCCCUAAUUCUCUUGGGUUCUUUAAAAAGAAUCCACUAACAAACGAGUACGAAGACAUGUCAAACAAAUUCACCAAAGCGACCAUGUCUACAUUAGCUGUGCCAGUCAUUAUCGUCGCCUAUCCAAUGUUGAAUGCGUAUACGUUUCAGGACUCUGAUAUCACUGGAUAUCGAAUAGUAGACGGCGCUAUUGGAGGCGUACUGGGUGUUAUUGGCUGGCCACUGGCUCCCAUUAUGGCAAUAUGGGGUGCGAUCCAGAUCAACUUCAAAGAGAAGCCGCCACUACCACUGCCAGUGCCUGCAGAGAUAUUACAGAAAGCACAGGAAGAGAUCAAUCUGAAUAUAUCGCUAUUCUACAACAUUGCAGUAGUGGGAUGUUCAGGAACAGGAAAGAGCUCUAUUGUAAAUGCUAUUCGAGGAUAUAAAGAUACACAUCCUAAAGCGUCUAAAGUGGGAGAAGUGGAGACAACAGAGGCACCAAUGCCGUUUCAGCAUCCUGAUCUAGCUUCGAUGGUUAUUUGGGACAUGCCAGGUGUAGGCACACAAAGUCACCAGAGAGACACUUACUUUCAAGACAACUAUUUGAGUUGUUUUGAUCUACUAGUGAUAGUGCUAGGAAACAGAUUAAUGCAGGACGAUAUCGAUAUAGCGUUGCAAGCCAAGGAACACCGGAUCCCCAUCUUAUUUGUUCGUAGUAAAUCAGAUCAAGCAAUUGCAAGCAAGACAAAGCGACACGAAGGCGAUAGCUAUUACGAAUGGGCCACAGCGGUUGGGGAAUUCACAAUCGAAGUUCGAGACUCUAUCUUUACACAGCUCCGGCAACAUCACUUGAACACAAAGAAGCUGUUCAUUGUAUCAGCAGAGUCGUUGAGGAUGUUUGUCGCUGCCAUCAACAAGCAAGAGGAACGAAAGGCCAUUGAAACUAUCGAUGAAGAGCGCUUCAUGACAUCUUUGAUUGAAGGCGUGGUUGCCAAAAGGGAUUACUAUCAGAAACAAGCGAAAUUAGAGGAGAAACGGAAGAAGAAGCUGGACAAAAAACGUCAGAAAGAUGCUUCAUCUUUGAACAGUAAUCAAAGCAACCUGAGCGCAGUAUAA